AUGGUGAAGCGCAAAGUCGAUAAACCACAAUCGGCUGGUCCCGUGAGUGCUGUUGCCGCUUUGGCGGCGCGCAGAGCCCGGCAGCAGCAAACAGUGGUUGAAGAUGCUCCUAAGGUCGCUCCUCAGCCGGUAGUCGAAAGCGAACCGCCAUCCAAAAAGCCGCGACGAUCUCUUGAUGUGGCCGAGGCUACUGAGACAAAUGACGAUCGCCAGAAUCCGCCAACAAGGGCAGCAAAGAAGCAAGACAAGCAAUUGCCUGCAGGAGAUCGGCCGAAGCGCGCAACGCGGGCUACUCAGCCCCUGGAAACUCAACCAGAAGGGGAACAAGCUAUUCAGGACGGCUCCGAAGAUGAGCAGGUCGCAACAGACGCAGUUGAGAACAAUGAUGAGAUGGACGAGAACGAUGUUGCGUCCGUCGUGGGCGAUGCCGAUGGCUACGAAUCACCUGCAGAGACACCUGUGGAAUUGCAGAAUUUCCCUCUAUCGAAAGCUCGUUUGAAUAAAAGCAACAUUGUCUAUAGUGACGAAAAUACCCUUUGCAUUCGCAUCAAGGAAAGAGCAAACCUGGCAUUAUUAGGUCAAUAUGAUCUUUGGGUCAAAAGAGGCGUUGUCAGUCUGAUGGGCGCAAAACUGCAUGCCUCGUCCCAAUUGCAUCGGGUUUAUGCCCCGUCAACCCACUCAUUACCGGUUAUCAAAUGUGUAUCUGGUAUAGAUGGGGAUGCAGAGGUUGAGAUCAAGUCUUGCAGCAGCGGUAUUGCCCGGCUCUGUGAUCUUUCGCCUCUGUAUCAAAGGAUCUGGACGGGCGACAACACUGCUGCAGAUAAAUCCACACUGAAAGGGACUACAAAAGACUCCAAGCGGUCUUUCUCAGUGUUGUACACAUCGGCAGAUGAUUCAUUAAACAGGCAUCUCCGUCCCCUUCAUCUCGACAAGAAAUGGAGCGCAUCAAUGAAAUUUCUCUCACAGCGUCAAGGUCAGCUCCGCGUGCUGGUCUGCGGCCCGAAGGCGUCUGGAAAAUCUACAUUCAGUCGGUACUUGCUGAACCACGUCCUCAGCCCUACGCCAGAAACCGAAGGUGGAUAUGCGAAUACAGAAGGAGUCGCUUUCCUAGAUUUAGAUCCAGGUCAGCCUGAGUUCACUCCCAUGGGUCAAAUCUAUCUCGCGCGCCUGCGCAAGCCGUUCUUUGGUCCACCGUUUACACACCCAUCGCUGGACAACUCCCAGGGCGGCGAAAUAUUACGGGCGCACCAUAUCGGCGCAACGUCGCCAAAGGAAGAUCCUGACCACUAUGCGCUGGCCGUCAUGGAUCUUAUGGAUCAAUAUCGCUUGUUGUUGGAGAAAUACCCCCAAUGCCCUCUCAUCAUCAACUACCCUGGCUGGAUCUUUGGUCAAGGUUUAGAGGUUGCGAUGUGGCUGGUCAAAAGCCUGGGUCUUUCUGACGUUGUCUAUAUGAGUGAGAAAGGUCCGUCGGAAGUUAUUGAUCCCUUAGGCCUCGCAGCUCGCCAAGCUCGUGUGCCGAUGACUAUCCUACCAUCACAGCCCACCGACUUUGUGAGUCGAUCUAGCGCGCAACUACGUGCCAUGCAAAUCCAAUCAUACUUUCACAUGUCGCACCCAACCGACCUUGGCACCUCGCUCUGGUCAGAAGAACCGCUCUCACGCACGCGACCUUUGACUGUUGAUUACACCGGUCCGCGCCAAGGCAUUUCAGGAAUCAUGGUGAUGGGCUCCCAAAUUAACCCUGAAUUGUUGCAUGAGACACUUGAGGGGGCCAUUGUGGGACUUGUGGCUAUAGAGUCACCGAGAGCUCUGAUGGGAACGAUGGCACCACCACAUGCGCCAAAUGAUGAGCACGACGAAAUUGAGUCUGGUUUGGAUAUUGACAUGGACUCAGAGAACGCAGCAGCGAGGAUCUUCGAUGAUUCCAUAGCUGACAACAUUGUUCGAACUCGCGAAGACUUGCCAUACCUCUUUGUUGGGUCCGGCAGCUGCACGCCACUGGAUCCCAAAGCGUCCCAUUGCCUGGGCUUGGCUUUGGUCCGCUCGAUUGAUACUGGUUCGCACAAGCUCGAACUCUCCACCUCCAUCCCUCCAUCCUAUAUACAAACUUCCAUUGAGAAAGGCCAUCGACUUGUCUUGGUCCGCGGUCAGUUGGAUAACCCGAACUGGGCGAUCAGUGAGGAAUAUCAUGCUGCUCGUGCCGCCGAGCGACGUUAUCAAGAGUCCACCUCUGGACAGAAGAAGGCUGGAGAUUCCAAUGGACAAAAUGCGUCCAAUCUAUCCGAACAUAACAGAACGCUUGCGCUGCUGCGAGAGAGAGUGCGACGGGCGAGCAAUGUGCCCUGGAUGACUGUCGUGGAAGAUAACAGUCGUCACCAACGCGAAGCUGCGGCCCGACGCGAAAAGUCGCUGUGGAAACUGCGGAAGAAGGCGUACCCUGGGAGUGAAAGUGAAGCAGACUAUUGA